AUCCCGUGGAAGGAAUAUUGAUUUUACUGAGCAGGUAAGCUGAGUGUAUAUGUGUUGUUUUAUCUCACAUCAUGUGGUAGCUGGUUGGUGGUCUAUGCUGAUGGAAGUGGCUUGGAGAAGUGAUUGUUGUUCUUUUUCAAGUUCCAUCCAUUGUCCAAUCUAGCUCUUGGAGGUUCAUCAAUGGUUGAAAAUGGCGGAAGCAAGACAAGCCUCAAAGCUUGUAGAAGCCACUCAAGUGGUUCGAUUCUUCUCAAAGGAGAAGAAGAAAUGAGAAAAAGGGUAUAAAUGUUUCUCACCCUCACUUCGUCGCUACUUAAUCUCAGCCGAUGUCACCUUUCUUGAGUCUUCUCUCUACUUUUCAUCUACUUCCUCUUCUCCUACACCUGUCCUUGCCCCUUCACCCUCACCUCUUGUCUUUGAUACUCCUCCUGUGUCUGCUGUGUCACCCGAUCCACCACCUCCGCCUCCACUUCAAGUUUAUCAUCGUCGGCAACGCUCCAACCUUCCCAUUGGACCCUCACCCGACUCUACUUCGGUGCCACCUCCUCCGUCUCCUCCGGCCCAACCACUUGAGUCUGACCUCCCUAUUGCCCUUCGGAAAGGUGAUGCCUUGGCCCACCCUGGUUGGAAACAAGCCUUACUUGAUGAACUGUGUGCUCUUCAGAACAAUGGUACUUGGGAUCUUGUUUCUCUGCCUCCUGGGAAGUCUGUGGUUGGAUGUCGAUGGAUCUUCACAAUCAAGGUUGGUCCUGAUGGCACCAUUGAUCGACUCAAAGCUCGUUUGGUCGCCAAAGGUUAUACUCAAAUUUUUGGAUUAGACUAUAGUGACACUUUCUCUCCUGUUGCCAAGAUGGCCUCUGUCAGAUUAUUCUUAGCCAUGGCUGCUCUUCGUCGUUGGCCUCUCUAUCAACUGGAUGUUAAAAAUGCCUUUCUUCAUGGGGAUUUGCUUGAGGAAAUUUAUAUGGAGCAACCUCCUGGGUUUGUUGCUCAGGGGGAGUCUUCCGGUUUGGUAUGUCGUCUCCGCAAAUCACUUUAUGGUCUUAAGCAGUCUCCAAGGGCAUGGUUUGGUAGAUUCAGUACUGUAGUCCAACAGUUUGGUAUGACUCGAAGCGAAGCUGAUCAUUCGGUCUUUUAUCGACAUUCCACUGCUGGGUGCAUCUACUUGAUAGUGUAUGUUGAUGAUAUUGUUCUCACUGGUAGUGAUCAUCAUGGCAUUUCUCAGAUAAAACAACAUCUUUGCCAUCACUUUCAGACAAAAGACCUUGGUAAACUUAGGUAUUUCUUGGGGAUUGAGGUAGCGCAGUCUACAAAUGGAAUUGUAAUAUCUCAAAGAAAGUAUGCAUUGGAUAUUUUAGAGGAAACUGGGCUAAUGAAUUCCAAGCCCGUUGAUACACCUAUGGAUCCUAAUGCUAAACUUCUACCAAGUCAGGGGGAGCCUUUCUCAGAUCCUGAGAGAUAUAGAAGACUGGUUGGGAAAUUGAAUUAUCUCACGGUAACUCGUCCCGACAUCUCUUUUGCAGUUAGUGUGGUGAGUCAAUUUCUCAAUUCUCCAUGUGCAGGACAUUGGAAUGCAGUCAUCCGCAUUCUGAAGUAUAUCAAAGGUGCUCCAGGAAAAGGUUUAUUAUAUGGCUACAACAAUCAUACCCAGGUUGUGGGAUACUCAGAUGCAGAUUGGGCAGGCUCUCCCUCUGACAGGAGAUCCACCUCAGGUUAUUGUGUCUUUAUUGGCGAUAACUUGAUUUCGUGGAAAAGUAAGAAGCAGAAUGUAGUGGCAAGAUCUAGUGCAGAAGCAGAAUACCGUGCCAUGGCCUCUGCUACGUGUGAGCUUAUUUGGCUCAAACAGUUGCUUAAAGAGCUGAGAUUUGGCGAAGUUUCACAGAUGACUCUCAUAUGUGAUAACCAAGCUGCCCUGCAUAUUGCCUCAAAUCCAGUAUUUCACGAGAGGACCAAACACAUUGAAAUAGAUUGUCACUUCAUUCGUGAGAAGAUUUUAUCUGGGGACAUUACUACUCAGUUUGUUAACUCUACUGAUCAGUUGGCAGAUGUCUUCACCAAAUCAUUACGGGGUCCUAGGAUUGAUUAUAUUUGUAACAAGCUUGGUGCAUAUGAUCUAUAUACACCAGCUUGAGGGGGAGUGUUAGAUAUAAUUUAGUCUUAUGGGCCUAGGCCCACUACUUUGUAUUUAAACACAUCUCUAGAGCACAAUAUACACAAGGAAUAUGUUCUCUUCAUUCACCAUCACUCUCAAUAAGAAACCAAGGCACAAAGGAGAAAGUCCUUUGUGAAGGUUCCCAAGGAAGAGAGUUUCUCCACGGUAUUGGCUCUUG